AUGAAGGCCACCACUGCUUCCGUUUUGCUGGCUCUGUCCGCCGCUGCCAAUGGUAGCCCAACGGUAGACCCUCGGGACGUCGACACGCGGUUCCCCUACAAGGGCCCCGCUGUCCCUAUCGGCGAUUGGGUUGAUCCUACGAUCAAUGGCAAUGGCAAGGGAUUCAACCGUCUAGUUGAGGCACCAGCUGUGAAGCCGGCGUCUUCUAACCCGACUAACAAUGUCAACGUUAUCUCGCUGGCUUAUAUCCCCGAUGGUAUUCACAUCCACUACCAGACACCUUUCGGUCUGGGAAGGUCGCCUUCUGUGAAGUGGGGUACUAGUCCCAAUCGUUUGACUAACAUUGCCCGAGGUUAUACUCACACUUAUGACCGUACCCCGUCCUGCUCCCUGGUCAAGGCUGUUACCCAAUGUAGUCAGUUCUUCCACGAGGUCUCCCUGCCGCACCUGGAGUCUGGUAAGACAUACUACUACCAAAUUCCUGCUGCUAAUGGCACCACCGAGUCUGAGGUCUUGAGCUUCACCACUGCCCGCAAGGCUGGUGACCCUACCGAGUUCAGUGUGGCCGUGCUGAAUGAUAUGGGCUACACCAAUGCCAAGGGUACGCACAAGUACCUGACCGAAGCUGCCAGCGAGGCUGCCUUCGCUUGGCACGGCGGUGAUAUCAGUUACGCAGAUGACUGGUCCUCUGGCGUGAUGGCGUGCGAGGAUGAUUGGCCCGUCUGCUACAAUGGUUCUAGCAGCGAGUUGCCCGGUGGUAUCACCGAGGAGUACGAGCAGCCUCUUCCUGCUGGAGAGAUCGCCAACCAGGGUGGUCCCCAAGGUGGUGACAUGAGUGUCAUCUACGAGUCCAACUGGGAUCUGUGGCAGCAAUGGAUGGGUCCCAUUACCAAGAAGAUUCCCUACAUGGUUCUUCCUGGUAACCACGAGGCUUCUUGUGGCGAGUUCGAUGGCCCCGGUAACGUGUUGACAGCCUAUCUGAACAACGACGAGGCGAACAGCACUGCUCCCUCAGACAACCUUACCUACUACAGCUGCCCGCCUUCGCAGAGAAACUUCACUGCCUUCCAGCACCGCUUCCGCAUGCCCGGUGAGGAAACUGGGGGUGUAAGCAACUUCUGGUACUCAUUCGACUACGGCCUCGCGCACUUCGUUUCCAUGAACGGCGAGACCGACUACGCCGACAGCCCUGAGUGGUCCUUCGCCGAAGACGUAACAGGCGACGAGACCCUGCCCACCGAAUCCGAGACCUUCAUCACAGACAGCGGCCCCUUCGGCGCAGUCGACGGCAGCGUCAGCGACACAAAGGCUUACGAGCAAUACAAGUGGCUUAAGAACGACCUCUCAAGCAUCGACCGCUCCAAGACACCAUGGGUCGUUGUCAUGAGCCACAGACCCAUGUACAGCUCCGCCUACUCUUCCUACCAGAAGAAGAUCCGUGCAGCUUUCGAAGCACUCUUCCUCGAGCACGGCGUUGAUGCGUACCUCUCUGGCCAUAUCCAUUGGUAUGAGCGCCUGUUCCCGCUUGGUGCGAAUGGUACCAUUGAUACUGCGUCCGUGUUGAACAACAACACCUACCGCAUGAAUCCUGGUACUUCCAUGACGCAUAUUAUCAAUGGUAUGGCCGGCAACAUUGAAAGCCACAGUGAGUUCAGUGAUGGAGAGGGUCUGACUAAUAUUACUGCGGUGCUUAACACCAAGGAGUAUGGGUUCAGUAAGAUGACUGUUGCAAAUGCUACUGCUAUGAAGUGGGAGUACAUCAAGGGAAGUGAUGGGUCUGUUGGGGAUUCGCUUUGGUUGCUUAAGCCAUCUGCUGGUGGUGAGGGUACUGGAAAGAAGCCCGUUCCGGCUGGCAAGAAGCCUGUUUCUUUCUAG